CGGAAGUAAUGAUUUGACCGAAAUUCUUGUAGCUCUUCAAAUAACUUUGAAUUUGUCUGAUGCUACGUAGUAAUAGGUCUGGAUCGCUGCAGAUGUAAGAUAUCAAGAAAUUGAUUCUUGAUGCAAUCUAUAUGGAUAUGUAGUAACCAUAGUAACCGAAUUGUCAUAGUAUUGGGCUGAAUAUUACCUGCUGAUCGUAUCCACAAAGUGGUUUAUGUCAGAAAUGACGAUUGGAGAUGGUUUCAACGAAAGUGAUGAUGAGCUGCCGGAUUUAGCAUUUGCAUCUGAAUUUUAUGCAAAAUAUGAACCCAAAGAAGUGUUGGGCAGAGGUAUCAGCAGCGUGGUUAGACGAUGUAUUCACAAAGACACAGGAUACGAAUACGCGGUGAAGAUAAUUGACAUUUGCAAUGAGAGAGGCAGUGAUGAAGAGGUAGAGGCGUUGGACGAAGCCACCAGAAAUGAAGUCAAAAUCCUACAAAAAGUGGCAGGACACCCAAAUAUCAUUGGGUUUGUUGAUUUCUACGAGAGUCCGGCUUUCUUGUUUCUCAUAUUUGAGCUGUGCAAACAGGGAGAGUUAUUUGAUUAUUUAACAUCAGUUGUUACACUUUCAGAAAAGAAAACUCGACAAAUCAUGAAACAAGUUCUUGAAGCGGUAGAGUACUUUCAUGACAUGAACAUUGUGCACAGAGACUUGAAGCCUGAAAAUAUACUUCUAGAUGAAUAUAUGGAUGUUAAAAUCACAGAUUUUGGGUUUUCUGUGCAGCUCGAACCUGGGGAGUUACUGACUGAUCUAUGUGGUACCCCAGGAUAUCUCUCUCCUGAAACGUUACGCUGUAAUAUGAACAUGGGAGUGGAUGGAUAUUCCAAAGAAGUAGAUUUGUGGGCAUGUGGUGUUAUUAUGUACACAUUAUUGGUAGGGUCACCGCCAUUUUGGCAUCGUCGACAAAUGGUAAUGCUACGUGCAAUCAUGGAUGGACGCUACCAGUUUGGUAGUCCGGAAUGGGACGACAUUAGUGACUUGGCAAAAGAUCUUAUUUCUAAAUUAUUAGUAGUUAAUCCUAAAACCAGACUCACAGCAAAUCAAGCUCUUCAACAUCCAUAUUUUAGCAGAGGAGAAGCUCAGAUUGUUACUUCAUUUGUACCUCUCAGAAAAUUUAAGGCUGCAAUACAUAUAGUACGAAGCAUUUACAGACUUCAGCACUGGACAGGUCAUCGUCCGAUAUCACUGAAAGAGGUACAAAAAGACCCCUACCGAAUAAAAGAUAUCAGAAAAGCUAUUGACGCGUGUGCUUUCAAAAUAUACGCCCACUGGGUGAAGAAAGGUGAAGAUCAAAACAGAGCAGCUUUAUUUGAGAACACUCCCAAAGUGGACCAGAAAAGAGGAGUGGCACAAAGACGGAACAGGUUUCGUCGAUGUUCCCCAUCACCGUCAUCAUCAACAUCGACAUCAUCUGAUGUAUUUACAUACUAAGGUAUACCAGUGAGGUUGGGGUCCAAUACACCGAUUGUUUACCAAGAUCUUAAGAGUUAUAUCACAAUACACGUGUGCUGCUAACCACGCUAUAUCUCUUCACUGCUCUACGUCUCCUCACAUUCAUUGUCUUGACAUUAUCAUUGUAUCAUCUUAUCUCCGGAGACAACUAACUCGCAUCUAUUCAUGUGUGUUUAGUAUCUUGAUCGCUUGGUUUUACCACCUGAUUCAACAAUUUGCACCGCUAUACUUAAGUCUUUCUCAAGCACAUUGAAACAACAUACGUGAUUGGUCAAACAAGGGGCAGGUCAUCCAGAGUAUGUU